AUGUCACCAUUGAAAGGAAUCAAAGUCAUCGAGCUAGCAGGCUUAGCUCCAGGUCCAUUCGCAGGCCUCCUGCUAGCGGACUAUGGCGCCUCAGUCCUCCGCAUAGACCGACCCAAUUCCGCAACCGCCGACCAACUAACCCGCAACAAAACGUCCAUAACCCUCGACCUACGCAACAAAGACUCCCUAAGCAUCCUGCUCCGACUCCUCACAAACGCCGACAUCCUCAUAGAUCCUUUCCGGCCCGGCGUCCUCGAACGCCUCGGCCUCUCCCCAACAGAUGUCCUCCUAAAGCUCAACCCCCGCCUGAUCAUCGCCCGCAUGACCGGCUUCCGCCGGGACGGAAAAUACAAAGACAUGGCCGGCCACGACAUCAACUACAUCGCCGUCUCAGGCGUAUUGUCUAUGCUCGGCCGCGCAAAUGAAAAACCCUUCGCCCCAGGUAACAUUCUCGGCGAUUUUGCCGGUGGCGGCGCCGUCUGUUUCCAGGGAAUCCUGCUCGCACUCAUCUCCCGCUCCCAUACGGGCCGUGGCCAGGUCGUCGAGGCGAAUAUGGUAGAUGGCUCCGCGUAUCUUGCUACGUUCCCGCGACUGGCGAGGAAGACUCAUAUGUGGGCGGAGCCGCGUGGAGAGAAUAUGCUCGAUAGUGGAUGUCCGUACUAUGAUACGUAUGAGACUAAGGAUUCCGGACGGUAUUUUGCUGUCGGUGCGUUGGAGCCGCAGUUUUAUGCCGCGCUCGUGCGGGGACUAGGGUUUGAUAUUAAGGACCUUCCUGAAAGGGAGGAUCGGAAGCAGUGGCCGAAGUUGAGGGAGAUCUUUACCAGGACAUUCAAGGAGAAGACGCGCAAGGAAUGGGAGGCUGUUUUCGAUGGCACGGAUGCUUGUGCUACGCCGGUUCUGGAGCAGGGGGAGCUUGAAGAGGAUGGGUAUGAGCAGCGGCCUAUGGUGCAUCUGGUUAGUACACCUGCAGCGCCGAUUCAGGCAGAUCAGGGUGGUUGGUCGGGUGGCGGACUUUUGCCUGGGGAUGGGGGGGUUGAUACACUUAGGGAGUGGUUUGGGUGGGAGGAGGGCAAAGAUUUUGUGAUUAGAGGGGAUGGGGCCUUGGUAUCAGUGAAUGGGAAGUCGAAAAUUUGA